AUGGACAACCAGAACACUCAGAGUGGAGGCAAAAGAGUAGGAGGCGGAGGAGCUGCUCUUCACGUGGUGGUGUUUCCAUGGCUGGCCAUGGGCCACAUCAUCCCCUUCUUCCGCUUCUCCACCCUCAUAGCUCAAAAGGGUCACACCGUCGCCUUCGUUUCCACCCCAAGAAACCUCUCCAGACUUCCCAGGAUACCCUCCCACCUCUCCUCCCUCAUCAACCUCGUCUCCCUCCCUCUCCCCCGCCUUCCUAACCUCCCAAAAGACGCCGAAUCAUCCGCCGACGUCCCCUUCCACAAGCAGCAACUACUCAAAACGGCCUUCGACAUGCUCCAACCCCUGUUGACCGCUUUCCUCGAGUCCUCAAGACCCGACUGGGUUAUUUACGACUAUACCCCUCACUGGCUUCCCGCCACCGCCGCCAGGCUCGGCAUCUCACGCGCCUUCUUCUGCUGCUUCAACGCCGCCUGCAUGUCCUACAUCGGCCCGCCGUCUCUUCUAGUCAGCGGCAAGGAUGGGAGGACCAAGGCCGAGGAUUUCACGGUGGUCCCCAAGUGGGUCCCGUUCGAGUCCGACAUGGCGUAUCGGCUCCACGAGAUUGCCAAGUGGGUGGAAAGAUCAAGCGAAGACGAGUCGGUCACUCCCGAUACGGUGCGUUUUGGGUUUACGAUUGAGGAGAGCGACGUUGUGUUUAUUAGAAGCUCUGAGGAGUUGGAGCCCGAGUGGUUAAAUUUGAUGAGACAACUUUACCGCGAGGUAAAAGUAAAACCCGUUGUUCCGGUCGGAUUUUUACCGCCAAACAUAGAAGAGGAGGCAAUUAGUGAAUUUGAUGAAACAUGGGGUGGCACUGAAGAGUGGUUGGACAAGCAACGAGUCAACUCAGUUGUAUACGUUGCGCUUGGGACCGAGGCGACACUGAGUCAGGAGGAACUCAACGAGUUGGCUCUCGGGUUGGAGCUAUCCGGGGAACGCUUCUUUUGGGUGUUGAGAAACCCGCCCGAGUCGACUCAGUCAGUGUUGGAGAUGCUCCCUCCUGGAUUUGUGGAACGAGUCAAGGGUCGAGGAGUGGUACACUUGGGGUGGGCUCCGCAAGUGCGCAUACUGAGUCAUGACUCGGUGGGGGGAUUCUUGACUCACUGCGGUUGGAACUCAAUGAUCGAAGGGCUCGUGUUCGGGCGGGUUUUGAUGUUUUUUCCGAUGGUGAACGACCAAGGGCUUAAUGCUCGAUUGGGGAAUGGGAAGGGGCUCGGGGUGGAAAUACCUAGGAACGAGCGAGACGGGUCGUUUGCGGGUGACUCAGUGGCUGAGCUUGUAAGGUUGGCAAUGGUGGAUGACUCGGGUGAAUCGUUAAGGACUAGGGCCAAGGAAAUGAAGGAUUUGUUUGGAGAUAGAAACAAGAACAGUCGGAUGGUGGAUGAAUUCAUAUGUUUUCUCGAGGAGAAUAGGCCACCGAGGGUUACAGAAUAACUUUACUAGGCAAGUUUAUGUCACAAAUUGCAACAAAAAUGUGUACUUUUUAAAUAAUAUGAAACUUGUUCCGACGUUCGAAACAAACGUAUCACUGGAAUUAUACAUGAAAGUCAUCCGAAAAAGGGUGAACAAUUGUUUGCAAGA